AUGGUGCUAAUCACUGAAUCUCACGUCGAUAUCGAAACAUCUGGGGGCACGAAGAUGAGAGUCUUCUUGUUUCACCCAGUUAUUUCUGGGUACCCUAAUGCAAAAUUCCCUGGUGUUGUUGUGUGGAGUGAGAUCUACCAAGUUACUGGACCGGUAUCCAGGUUCGCGAGGCAAAUUGCUGGGCAGGGGUACAUCUGUGCUGCACCUAGUGUAUACCACGAUUUUGAGGGUCCUGCUGCAUUGGCCUACGAUGUCCCGGGAACCGAUAAGGGAAACGAGUACAAGAUCAAGAAGACUGUCGCUUCGUACGACGAGGACGCAAAACUGACUGUGGACUACUUAUUGGGACUAAAAACUUGCACAGGCAAGAUCGGAACUACUGGGAUGUGCCUCGGUGGUCAUCUGGCAUUCAGUUCUACCCUUGGACUGAACAAAAAGGAUGAUUCUUUGGCACGGAUCCCAGAAAUAAAGGGAGAGUUGGCGAUGAUCUUUGGGAAAAUGGACAACCAUGUCCCACCUGCGGGUCGUGACCUGAUCAGGAAGACCCUUCAUGAGGCAGGGACCAAGUUCAGCUUCUAUGAGUUUACCUGGGCUCAACAUGCCUUCAUUCGGGACGAGGAGUCCAAAGGAAGAUACGACCCUGCCCUCUCAAAGAUCUGCUUUGAAGUCCUCCUCGAGCUCUUCACCAGGACUCUGAAGACAGACUUAGGUGUUCAUGUCAAUGAUGAUACCGAAAUUGAAGAUGUCUGUUAA